CCAAAUCAGACUAAACUUUUGGCUACUUUGCAGGAGAAGGAGAGCCAAGCAGCAGUCAAUCAGUCAGUCUGGGGCUAAAUGAGCAAGCCACAAUUCAUAGGUACUAUACAAUACCUAAGGUACCUACUUUCCUUACCAUACAGGGAUGAAUCAUGGAUACACUUGCGACUUUACGAGUAAUGGAUCAUCAUCCUAUCCAGCCUGCAUCGCUGCCUUCUUCUCUUCUCCUUCGUCUUACUCGUCUCUUACGCGGUCUGAAUGGAGGAGGUAGUAAGGUAAUGUUACUGCCGUGUAAUGCCCCAUACUGGGACCUCUGUGUUAGUCGAUUACGCAGCCUAGCGAUCCUCAAUGACUGCCUUUCCCCUCAUCGCCAUCAUCAUCAUCAUAGUCGUCGUCGUCGUCUUCUUCUUCCCUGUGCAAUGGCGGCUGCUCAGCUCAGCUCCAAUCUCGGUCCACAACCAGGGAUAGAUUGACGAAGAUUGGGCUGCAUUGGCUCAUAUUGCCUGCCUGCCUCGCAGGGACCACCAUGUUCACCCCUCAGACCUGUCUACUGUGCUGUACCUCCUAGCC